CUGCGGUGUUUCCCGCGCAGGCUACCCCAGUUCCUCGGCGCACGGCGCGGCCAUUCGUACCGCUGUCGGCGCCGCUGCCGUCAUGGGUUUCCUGAAACUGAUUGAGAUCGAGAACUUUAAGUCGUACAAGGGUCGACAGAUUAUCGGACCAUUUCAGAGGUUCACCGCCAUCAUUGGACCCAAUGGCUCUGGUAAGUCAAAUCUCAUGGAUGCCAUCAGCUUUGUGUUGGGUGAAAAAACCAGCAACCUGCGUGUAAAGACCCUGAGGGACCUGAUCCAUGGAGCUCCUGUGGGCAAGCCAGCUGCCAAUCGAGCCUUUGUCAGCAUGGUCUACUCUGAGGAGGGCGCUGAGGACCGCACCUUUGCCCGUGUCAUUGUUGGUGGGUCCUCUGAGUACAAGAUCAACAACAGAGUGGUCCAGCUACACGAGUACAGUGAGGAGUUAGAGAAGUUGGGCAUUCUCAUCAAAGCCCGUAACUUCCUUGUCUUCCAGGGUGCUGUGGAAUCUAUUGCCAUGAAGAACCCCAAAGAGAGGACAGCUUUAUUUGAAGAGAUCAGUCGCUCUGGGGAGCUGGCGCAGGAGUAUGACAAGCGAAAGAAGGAAAUGGUGAAGGCUGAAGAGGACACACAGUUUAAUUACCAUCGUAAGAAAAACAUUGCCGCUGAGCGCAAGGAGGCCAAACAGGAGAAAGAAGAGGCUGACCGCUACCAGCGCCUGAAGGACGAGGUGGUACGGGCUCAGGUACAGCUCCAGCUCUUUAAGCUUUACCAUAACGAAGUGGAAAUCGAGAAGCUCAACAAGGAACUGGCCUCUAAGAACAAGGAGAUCGAGAAAGACAAGAAGCGCAUGGACAAGGUAGAGGAUGAGCUGAAGGAGAAGAAGAAGGAGCUGGGCAAAAUGAUGCGGGAGCAGCAGCAGAUUGAGAAGGAGAUCAAGGAAAAGGAUUCAGAGCUGAAUCAGAAGCGGCCUCAGUACAUCAAAGCCAAGGAGAAUACCUCCCACAAAAUCAAGAAGCUGGAAGCAGCCAAGAAGUCCCUACAGAAUGCUCAGAAGCAUUACAAGAAGCGUAAAGGUGACAUGGAUGAGCUGGAAAAGGAAAUGCUUUCAGUGGAGAAAGCCCGGCAGGAGUUUGAGGAACGGAUGGAAGAGGAGAGUCAGAGUCAGGGCAGAGACUUGACCCUGGAGGAGAAUCAGGUGAAGAAGUACCACCGGUUGAAAGAAGAAGCCAGCAAGAGAGCAGCUACCCUGGCCCAGGAGCUGGAGAAAUUCAAUCGAGACCAGAAAGCUGACCAGGACCGAUUGGAUCUGGAAGAGCGGAAGAAAGUAGAGACAGAGGCCAAGAUCAAGCAAAAGCUGCGGGAGAUUGAAGAGAAUCAGAAGCGGAUUGAGAAAUUGGAGGAAUACAUCACGACUAGCAAGCAGUCUCUAGAGGAGCAGAAGAAGCUAGAGGGGGAGCUGACAGAGGAGGUGGAGAUGGCCAAGCGGCGUAUUGAUGAGAUCAAUAAGGAGCUGAACCAGGUGAUGGAGCAGCUGGGGGAUGCCCGCAUUGACCGCCAGGAGAGCAGUCGCCAACAGCGAAAGGCAGAGAUUAUGGAAAGCAUCAAGCGCCUGUACCCGGGCUCUGUGUAUGGCCGCCUUAUUGACCUCUGCCAGCCCACACAAAAGAAGUAUCAAAUUGCUGUAACCAAAGUUUUGGGCAAGAACAUGGAUGCCAUUAUUGUGGACUCAGAGAAGACAGGCCGGGACUGUAUUCAGUAUAUCAAGGAGCAGCGUGGGGAGCCUGAGACCUUCUUGCCUCUGGAUUACCUGGAGGUGAAACCCACAGAUGAGAAACUCCGGGAGCUGAAGGGGGCCAAGCUGGUGAUUGACGUGAUUCGCUAUGAGCCACCUCACAUCAAAAAGGCCCUGCAGUAUGCUUGCGGCAAUGCCCUUGUCUGUGACAACGUGGAGGAUGCCCGCCGCAUUGCCUUUGGAGGCCACCAGCGUCACAAGACAGUGGCACUGGAUGGGACCCUGUUUCAGAAGUCAGGAGUGAUCUCUGGUGGGGCCAGUGACCUGAAGGCCAAGGCGCGGCGCUGGGAUGAGAAAGCGGUAGACAAGUUGAAAGAGAAGAAGGAACGGUUGACAGAGGAGCUGAAAGAGCAGAUGAAGGCAAAGCGGAAAGAGGCAGAGCUACGUCAGGUGCAGUCUCAGGCCCAUGGACUGCAGAUGCGGCUCAAGUACUCCCAGAGUGACCUGGAGCAGACCAAGACACGACAUCUAGCCCUGAAUCUGCAGGAAAAGUCCAAGCUGGAGAGUGAGCUAGCCAACUUUGGGCCUCGCAUCAAUGAUAUCAAGAGGAUAAUCCAGAGCCGAGAGCGGGAAAUGAAAGACUUGAAGGAGAAGAUGAACCAGGUAGAGGAUGAGGUGUUUGAAGAGUUUUGUCGGGAGAUUGGUGUGCGCAACAUCCGGGAGUUUGAGGAAGAGAAGGUGAAGCGGCAGAAUGAAAUCGCCAAGAAGCGUUUGGAGUUUGAGAAUCAGAAGACUCGCUUGGGCAUCCAGUUGGAUUUUGAAAAGAACCAACUGAAGGAGGACCAGGAUAAAGUACACAUGUGGGAACAAACGGUGAAAAAGGAUGAAAAUGAGAUAGAAAAGCUCAAGAAGGAGGAGCAAAGACACAUGAAGAUCAUAGAUGAGACCAUGGCCCAGUUACAAGACCUGAAGAAUCAGCACUUAGCUAAGAAGUCAGAGGUGAAUGACAAGAAUCACGAGAUGGAGGAGAUUCGUAAGAAACUGGGGGGCGCCAACAAGGAAAUGACCCAUUUACAGAAGGAGGUGACAGCCAUUGAGACCAAGCUUGAACAGAAGCGCAGUGACCGCCACAACCUGCUACAGGCCUGCAAGAUGCAGGACAUCAAGUUGCCACUGUCUAAGGGCACCAUGGAUGAUAUUAGUCAGGAAGAGGGUAGCUCCCAGGGGGAGGAUUCAGUGAGUGGUUCGCAGCGAACUUCCAGUAUCUAUGCACGAGAGGCCCUCAUCGAGAUUGACUACGGUGACCUGUGUGAGGAUCUGAAGGAUGCUCAGGCCGAGGAGGAGAUCAAGCAGGAGAUGAACACCCUGCAGCAGAAGCUUAAUGAGCAGCAGAGUGUGCUGCAGCGUAUUGCUGCCCCCAACAUGAAGGCCAUGGAAAAGCUGGAAAGUGUCCGAGACAAGUUCCAGGAGACCUCAGAUGAGUUUGAGGCGGCCCGAAAGCGAGCCAAGAAGGCCAAGCAGGCCUUCGAACAGAUCAAGAAGGAGCGCUUUGACCGCUUCAAUGCUUGUUUUGAAUCUGUGGCCACUAACAUUGAUGAAAUCUACAAGGCCCUGUCCCGCAACAGCAGUGCCCAGGCAUUCCUGGGUCCUGAAAACCCUGAGGAGCCCUACUUGGACGGCAUCAACUACAACUGCGUGGCCCCUGGCAAACGCUUCCGGCCUAUGGACAACUUGUCAGGGGGAGAGAAAACAGUGGCAGCUCUGGCCCUGCUCUUUGCCAUCCACAGCUACAAGCCAGCCCCGUUCUUCGUCCUGGAUGAGAUUGAUGCUGCCCUGGAUAACACCAACAUUGGCAAGGUGGCCAAUUACAUCAAGGAGCAGUCGACUUGCAACUUCCAGGCCAUCGUCAUCUCUCUCAAGGAGGAGUUCUACACCAAGGCUGAGAGCCUCAUUGGAGUCUACCCCGAGCAAGGGGACUGUGUGAUCAGCAAAGUCCUGACCUUCGACCUUACCAAGUACCCAGAUGCCAACCCCAACCCCAAUGAGCAGUAACAGUAGUUCUGCCCUCCUGCACUGUGUGGAUCCCUAAGCUGCCCCUCGCCCAAUCUCUGGAUAUUUGGCUCCCAACCUUCCCCUACCUCCUGUCCCUGUUUGCUGUAGUCAUGGGAUUUAGGCACUGCUAUCAGCAUGAAGAGGAACAGAGGUGGUGUUAGGUCUGGAGCAAAAGCUCCUGAGUUACAGGGAGCAUCCUGACCUCUGGAAGGAGGUGCUGAGCUGAAAUGAACUGAGCUGGACAGGACCAUCUGCCCAUCCCCCGCUUCCCCCUCCCAGCCCCACCCCAUAUCUACCCAUAAUCAUGGGCCUAUGAGGCCUCUUGCAUUUUGCUUGUGUGUGGGUGUGUGUGUAUGUCCGCAUGUGUGCAUGUGCGUGUGUUUGCAAAGUAAUAAAGAUAUUGGAGACCCAUUUUAGAAGGAGCCUAGGCUGAAUUUGACUCCAAGAGCUUAGUAUGACAGCACCCCAGAGCUAGGCAAAGGUUUUCAGGACCUCGUAGGUGUCAGGCAGUCACAUGAAACUGCCCUCAUUCACUCAUUUUGUGUUUUUAUUUAUUCGUGUAUUCAAACACAUACUGAACACCCUUUCUUUGUCAGUCUCUGCUAGGAAUACAGAGCUGAAUCAGACAUGAUCCCUCCUACUAAGGAGAUGCAGUGGGUUUAGAAGCUCUCUUGGUUAGCUGAAUCAUGUGUAUAGGCACUUUGAGGAAGAUGAUCACCUCCAGGCUUCCUGGAGAAGGUCACAUUUGAGCUGGACCUCAAUAAACUGGCAGGAUUUGGUCGGCACUAGGAACAGAGCCUGGGUUCUGGGGACAGGUAUUUGCAGGUUUUAGUCCCAUUUUUUUUUUAAUCACUCACUAAUUAGACCUUUCUGUGCCUCAGUUUCCUCAACUGUAAAAUGGGGCUAGUAAUAUUACCUACCUCAGGAUUUAAUGAUGUCAGGCUCCUCCCUGGAGGCCUUAUCCCUGCUUGGAGACUACUAGGUGCCAACUUCUCAGAAUACAGCCUUCUCAUGCCUGGACCCCUGAGGGCUUCUGAUCCCAGUUAGGGACUAAAGGAGCCUCCAAAUCUGGGAGAUGCUGAAUGCCCUGGUUACUAGGAAAGUUCCAGAGCACCGAUGGGGUUUACCUGGUAAGUGGAGGGUCUAAGGAAACCUGUAGCAUCAAUCAUAUAUGAUAAGCGGGUGCCUGAGCCCCAACAUGAGUUGUGAGGAAGCAGGGGAGUGGUAGCCUGGGUCAUAACAUGGCCAAUUACAUGUGACGUUCCUUUUGGGAACUAACCAUGUAAGCUGCAGGGACUGUGCAAAGGCAGCACAGCCUGCUUCCAUGAGGUCAGCCUUAGCUCAUUCACAUACAUCGUAAGAGCACUACCUGGUCCCAAUCUGUAUACUGCAUUUUUGUUUUUUAAAAGUUAAAUCAGUACACAUUACUCAAGUAAUGCAUGAAUUCAUUCUUUUUAAGAAAUUAGAUUGUUAGAAAUAAAGCUAGCCUCAUUUAACUACCAUUCCCCCCACCCUUAACUGCUUUCUUUUUAUUGUACAUCUAUCUAUACUUUGUUUUAAGACUUACAUACAUGAACUCAUUGGAAAUAUUAUUGUGUUUAAUGCCAAUGGCACAUGAAAUUGUUCUGCAUUUUGCUUUCUUUAAUGUUUUUGAGAUCUAUGCAUGUUGCUGGUAGUCUUGUAAUUGCUGUAUAGAUUGUGUAAUUGCUGUAUAGAUUGCCAUCAUAUGACUCUACCAUAUUUUACUUACUCAUUUCUCUUAUAAUAGUAAGACUAUUCUGCUAUAACAAAAUCCCACAUAGGAGCAUUGCGCGCGCGCGUGUGUGUGUGUGUGUGUGUGUGUGUGUGUGUGUGUAUGAAAGUUUACCUAUGAUUGAUUCCUAGAAGUUGAAAUGCAGUCAUAGACUAUUUAUAUUUUUGUUUUUAAUAGAUGCUUCCAAAUUAACCUCCUGUACUAUUUACUCAAUAUUUUUCUGAGGUUGCCUUAGGUCUAACAUCGUUAUCUACUUCAAUUUCAUCCUAAGUAGUGAUAUCUGUGAAACCACAGGUUUGAUGUGUUAUGUUUUUUGUAAUGAAUAUUAAAAGGCAUAACUAUCAAAACAAACAAAAUUUGUCUGUGUUCAACCAAAGAAGUCCCAUACCACCAGUGUGGGACUGUGCUCUAGUUUGGGAAGUACUGGCAUAUGUGGAAGAGCAUAAUUUGGGAGUCACCUUGGUUCAAAUCCCAG